AUGGAAACCAUAGGAGAUACACUUGGUUUUCAUAAAUCAAGUGUAUCCAGAAGUGUUCGAGAUGUAUCACAGGCGCUAGUGAACAUAUCAUCACAGUUUAUUAAGUGGCCAUCCCCAAAUGAGAAGGUGAUAAUUAAGAAAGGUUUUUAUUCAAUUGCUGGAUUUCCUGCUGUAGUUGGUGCUGUGGACGGCACACAUGUGAGAAUUAUUGCUCCAUCUGACCAUGAACCUGCUUAUGUCAACCGUAAGGGGUAUCACUCGAUCAACACCCAGGCUAUAUGCAAUCAUGAAGGCAAAUUCACUAACAUUGUUGCCAAAUGGCCUGGCUCCAAUCACGAUUCAUUCAUAUUCCGAGAAUCUAAUAUCGGGGCCUACCUUGAAGCACAUCACAGGGGCUUGGAUAUUGACGGUGUUUUACUUGGAGACAGUGGCUAUGCUUGUAGCAGAUAUCUUGUGACUCCUUUUCUACGUCCAACAUCAGAGGCUCAGAUGCGAUAUAAUAAUUCCCAUGCACAAACUAGAACAGUUAUUGAGCGAAGUUUUGGAUGGCUUAAAAGGCGCUUCUUGGCUUUGCAUGGAGAAAUCAAGGUAAUUUUAAAUAAUUUACAAAUUCAUAUGCAGACUUUUAAAAUAAAUUUGCAAUUCAUAAAUACAAUGUAUUUUUUGUGAUUCGAUGUAAGAAGAAGCAUGCAGUCUUAAUUGAGUCAUAUUAUAACAGAUG